AUGAGGCUACUAAACGCCAAGACCCUCCUACUAAAAGACUUCGUAGGCGACGAGGCCGUCCCCCGCUACGCAAUCCUCUCCCACACCUGGGGCACAGACGAGCUCUCGCUGCAAGAAUGGAACGAGGAGACGAGCAAGAAAGCCAAGACCGGGUACACGAAAAUAAAGUAUUGCUGCGACCAGGCGCUCAGCGAUGGGAUAGAGUGGGCGUGGAUUGAUACAUGCUGUAUCGACAAGUCCAGCAGCGCAGAGUUAUCAGAAGCCAUCAAUUCUAUGUUCAGAUGGUACCAAAACGCCGUAAGAUGCUACGCCUACCUGUUCGACGUGCCAGGGCACGUGAACCCUGCCCUCGACCCCUCAGAGCUUGCACGUAGCCGGUGGUUCAAGCGCGGCUGGACGCUGCAAGAACUGCUCGCGCCCAAAAACCUCAUCUUCUUCUCCAGCACAUGGCGACGGAUCGGCACCAAAGAAGAGCUCUACGGUCCUUUAGCGACCAUCACCGGCAUCGAGCCAGAGAUUUUACAGGGCGAGGAUUUACAAGCCGUCAGCGUCGCAACGAGGAUGUCCUGGGCCGCGAAACGAGAAACGACCCGCACAGAAGACAUGGCCUAUUGUCUGCUCGGAAUCUUCGAUAUUAACAUGCCCUUACUAUACGGCGAAGGCAAGAGAGCGUUCUUCCGCCUCCAAGAAGAGAUUUUGAAAGCCAAUUCCGACCAAUCCAUCUUCGCCUGGGGU